AUGGCUGCUCCCUUCCGAGUCAAGGCUCUUUUCGAGUACACCUCACCUCAUGAGGACGACCUCAACUUCCCCAUUGGCCAGGUCAUAGCCGUCACCGACGAGGAAGACCCCGAGUGGUACGGUGGCGAAUACGUCGACGAAGACGGAGUCAAGAAGGAAGGCAUCUUUCCCCGCAACUUUGUUGAAAAAUUCGAGCCUACGCCACCUCCCCGUCCUACGCGCACACGAACAAAAAAGGCCGACGAUGCCCCAGUCCAGCAACAGCCCGAGUCCGAGCAGCCAGCGCCGGCGCCGGCACCCAUCGCCACCCCGCGUACGCUAGCGGCUCCCCCUCCUGCCCCCAAGGACGAGCCAGAGCCCGAACAUGAACAAGAAGUAGAGGCGACGAAAUCACCAGAACCAAGGUCGCCAACAGUGCCGGCACCGGUUCCUUCGGCUGCGGCGGCCAUGCAACCAAAGGGACCUGCGACAAAGACCGAGCAGCCUCCCAAGCCUGCUCCGCGCGAAGAACCAGCAGCAGCUCCAGCCCCGGUCCCGAAGCCGAAGCCUUCCGGACCUCCGCCCGUCGCGGAAAAGCCCAGUUCGUUCAAAGACCGCAUUGCUGCUUUCAACAAACCCGCAGCAGCACCCGUGGCUCCUUUCAAGCCUGGCAGUCUCGGCGGCUCCAGCUUCAUCAAGAAACCAUUCGUUCCCCCGCCUCCAAGCCGCGACGCCUACGUUCCUAUCCCGCGGGAGCAGGCGACUCAGAAGAUCUACCGCAGAUCCGAGGAUCCGGAAAUCAGAGAGCAGGAGACCCAGAAUCAAGAGCAGGCCGAAAAGGCUGGGCUGUUUCCGGCCGAAACGAAACAGGAAGUUGCUGAUGAGGAAGAAGAGCAACCCAAGCCAACCAGUUUGAAGGAGCGCAUUGCUUUACUCGCCAAGCAGCAACAGGAACAGGCUCAGCGACAUGCAGAUGCCGCCGCCAAGAGGGAAAAACCAAAGAAACCAGUCAAGAAGAAGCCGGAAGUCCCAGUGGCCGAGCCCACGGAGGACGCUGAUGAUGCCGAUUUUGUGCCGCUUGAAAGAAAAGAUACCGAGACCACAAUUGGCCGUACAUCCCUCGAGGAGCAAGCGCCGGCCCAAGCGCCGCCACCACCAAGACGCAAAGCAUCUCGGGGCCCCGCUGCCGAAUCUCCGCAUGAUGGCAAUGAGGCAGACAUGUCUGGAGCUGGCGAUACUACAGAAGGCCAAGAUGAUACAUCGGAGCGCGAGGAUGUGGAAGAAGAGCCUCACCGCCGUGCACCAGAAGUCGCCCCUACUUCCCCCAGUCUGAGCCGCGUUCCUACAGCGAGAGACGAUAUACGCAAGGUCGCCGCGGAACCGCAAGGCGAGGAUGAAGGAGAAGAGGAGGCGGAGGAGGAGGAGGAAGAGGAUGUGGAUCCCGAAGUCCGCCGAAAAGAAGAGCUCCGUGCCAGAAUGGCUAAAAUGAGUGGUGGCAUGGGCUUCCACGGCAUGUUUGGAGCUCCAAUGCCCCCUGGUGGUGGUGGUGGCCUGCCUAAGAGAAGCAAACCGGAGCAGGCUCUUAAAGAAGACACGGAGAGCCGCGCAGAUGAUUCACAGCGUUCUGCACCUCCGGUUCCCACCCCUAUGGCUCUGCCUGGCCUGGGAGGGCCGAGAAAAUCCCAGGAGCGUGAAACUGAACAGGAGGAAGACGAUAAGCCGGCGCCCAGCCUACCAUCGCCACCACCUGUCCCCAGGAGGGCGCCAGCCGUCCCUGAUACAGAUGAUGCUGAUGCCGAGCAAGACGAGAGCGACGACCGCGACAUCACCCCAGGACCUGCCUCUCGUUCAGAGGCACCUCGCGGUCCUCCUCCAGUUCCUGGUGGCCGCCCUGCGCCACCACCUGUUCCUUCAGAGCCACCACGGCCGCCCGUUCCAGCCCCUGCACCUGACAUUAAGUCUCCGACUGAAGGGUCUGAAUCAGACGAUGAGCUGUCCGCUGGAAGGGAUCAAUCGGACGCUGCGUUAGCACAAUCACCGCGACUGCCAGUGAGAUCGCCACCCUUAUCUCCGCGCUAUGAGGAGCCCCCGUCUGCGAAUAAGAGAAACAGCCGACCGCCUCCUCCUAUACCAGGUGUUGCGCCAAUGCUUCCCCCUGCUACAGGCCGGCCUCCUCCACCACCGCCGCCGGGCGUUCUUAGUCGCCAGUCAACUGCAGAUGUCCCAAUGCCACCACCCAGACCUGUACUGGCGGGAGAGGAAGCCGGUGAGGAGAGUACGGAGUAUGAGGGCGACUACGACACGGAUAUUGCGUCAUCAGCUCCUCACAAGGAUGCAUUGAAAGCUCAUGCUCGUGAUUCUAGUGUGGACGACAGCUUAUUGCAGUCUCCCACGACUGAGAUCCCUCAAAGCCGCCCUCCUCCUAUUCCGCCGAAUUCACCGCCUCGCGCUGUUCCACCACCAGUCCCCCCGGUUGCCCCGGUGGAGAACAAGCGACGAUCGGUUGAUGCACCGCGAGCAGCUCCGCCGCCGCCGCCGCCGGCUGCAGGCCCAUCCUCGGAGGAUUAUGACCCGCAUAAUUACGCGUCCCCUACGAUAGGAGCAGGGUCAAGUAAAACCCCCAAGAUUGAGGAGGAAGCAUACUUUGCAGAUACUGCCGCCUCACCCGUUGCGACCCCCACCACUGAGCGACGCCCACUGCCGCCAGCUGGCGCAAGAACUGGCGGCCGGCAAUCCAUGGAAGGUACACGCACAAGUACCAGUAACAGACGCUCCAUGGAUCUUCACAGACCGUCUUUUGAACCCGGAUUCAUUGCCAACGACGUCGACCUCGGCGUACAAAGUGGUUGGUGGAAGCAGGCCAACCAGCUGCCACCUGUGCUGCAGGGUCGCCGCGAUAUCUUCUUUGAAUCAGAGGAAUCAACGACGAAUAACCAAGGGGUGAAGACGAUCAUUACCCGAGAAAUUUUUAUUCUAUACCAGGAUUACUCGCAGACCGUCAUUACUGUCCAUUUCGACCCUUAUGACCCUGCCGACGUUGAGCUAGACCAGAAGCACGAAGGCCCUCCCCGCACAUUGCGCCAAGACGAGAUGGAAGAUUUCCACGACCGCUUCGGUCGCCACAUUCUCGAAGCCGCGUCCGCCAAGAAGGACGCCGUCGUUGGUGACGGCUCGCCGCAAGGUCUAAUUCUCGAAUUGCUCCGUCCCUUGAAAGGUGCCCUUUGGCCCGUCGGCACCCGUGCAUACGGCGCCCUUGUCUACGCCAACAUGGCCAAUGCCUCGACGCAGCAGCACGACGUCAUUCGCCCCGGCGAUAUUGUGUCAUUCCGCAACAGCAAGUUCCAGGGCAAGCACGGCGCCAUGCAUGCCAAGUACAGCGCCGAGGUGGGCAAGCCGGACCACGUCGCCAUCGUGGCCGAGUGGGACGGCACUAAGAAGAAGCUGCGCGCCUGGGAGCAAGGUCGCGAGAACAAAAAGGUCAAGAUGGAGAGCUACAAGCUGGACGAUCUGCGCAGCGGCGAGGUCAAGGUGUGGCGCGUCGUGGCGCGCAACUGGGUGGGAUGGAACAGCCAGCCUUAG